UUUUUUUUUCCCUUUAUAGCAAUACACGCUUGAAAAUGAUACAGGCCCUAUUAGGGAUUAGAAAAAUAAUCUGCUGUGUGAGUGAGUAGAUCAAGCCCUGGAAAACCAAAAAAAAAAAAGGGAAAGCAGGAACCCGGCUGGUUUCACCCGCAGAAAAGCAUCGCCAGCCGAAGCCAAAGCUUUAGGAUGGGAGCGAGGAGCCCGCUGCGCCGGGGGGAAGGGGAAGACAGCAAGGCAACCGCCUGGGCCGCCACCAGCAAGCGGCGAGCCAUAGCACGCUACAGGAAGCAGUAGCCUCCGGUGAUAAAUAGGAGACCCGGGAGCACAGGAUGCACGUAGGGUGAGCUCAGCAGGACGAGGGGAUGUGAGCCGGCAGCCGACGAGUCCCUCUGUCUGUCCGUGCAGCCGGCGGGAUGGCCAUCGCCCGGCUGCUGCUGCUGCUGCUGCUGCUGCUGUUGCGGGAGUCUGGUGGGGAGGACGCCGAGGUGGUCUGCGCCGGUACCGCCUGCUACACCCUGCACCGGGCCGAGCUGGUCUGGAGCAGCGCCCAGGAACGCUGCCAGCUCAAUGGUGGCAACCUGGCUCCCGUCCGAGGCCCCGAGGAGGCUGAGAGGCUGCGGGAGCUGCUGGCGGCGGCCGGCUGGCCGGGCCCGGCCUGGAUCGGGCUGUCGCUGUCGCGGGGUCAGUGCGUCCAGGCGCAGGAGCCGCUGCGGGGUUUUGCCUGGGCGGCCGGCGGGGAGCCCGGCAACUACUCGGCUUGGCUUGCCGAGCCCGCCGUCACCUGCCUCAGCUCCCGCUGCGUCAGCCUGCGGCCGGCCGGACCCUCCGGCCCCCUCGGUUGGGCUGACCGGCCGUGCCGGUCCCACCUGCCCGCCUUCCUCUGCAAGUUCAGUUUCCGGGGGAUGUGCGGGCCCCUGCCGCUGGCUGGGCCCGGCCGGGUCAGCUACACCACCCCGUUUGGGGUGCGCAGCCCACGGCUGGCGGCCGCCCCCUUCGGCACGCUGGUGGAAGUCGACUGCGAGGGGGGCGAGGGUCCGGCCUUCGCCCUCUGCAAGGGGCCGCUGGAAGGGGGAGGCUUUGCCUGGCACCCCCCCGGGCGCCUCUGCCCCACCGCCUGCGCCCACCACAACGGGGGUUGCCAGCACCGCUGCCUGGAGGUGCCGGGGGAGUCCCCGCGCUGCGCCUGCCAUCCCGGCUACGUCCUGGCCCCCGACAUGGCCUCCUGCCUGCCCGAGGACGCCUGUCACCCCAGCCCCUGCCAGGGGACCUGCCGGACCCGACCUGGCGGCUUCGAGUGCGGCUGCGAGACCGGCUACACCCUGGCACCUGACGGCCGCCGCUGCCUGGACGUGGACGAGUGCCUGUCGGGGCCCUGCCAGCAUGAGUGCCACAACACGGCCGGCAGCUUCGUCUGCCUCUGCCGGCCCGGCUACCGGCCAACCGGGACGGGUGGCCACCACUGCCGCGACGAGGAUGAGUGCGCCCAGCCCGGCGUCUGCCCCCAGCUCUGCCUCAACAUCCCCGGCUCCUUUCGUUGCACCUGCCGGCCCGGCUACCAGCGCCAGCCCGGCGGCGGUGAUGCCUGCCUGGACGUGGACGAGUGCCUGCGGGACCCCUGCCCUGGGCCCUGCCGCAACCUGCCCGGCGGCUUCGAGUGCCUCUGCCCCUCCGGCUUCCUCCCGGAGGAGGAUGGACACGGCUGCCGCGCCGUACCCACCCCUGGAGAGGAGCCCACAGGGGCUCCCAACAGCACCCUGCAGACCACGGGCACCCCGCAGACCGCGGGCAUCUCCCAGACCAAAGGCAUCCCCCGGGCCACGGGCGCCCCAUGGACCCCGGGCGUCCCCGUCGGGGUGACACCCCCAGUCCCCACAGCAGUAGAGUCAGCGCCUGGCCCCGAGCACACCACCGACGGCCCCAGGCUGCUCCUCUAUUACAUCCUGGGCAGCCUGGUAGCCAUCCUGCUGGUGCUGGCCUUCGCCCUGGUCCUGCUGGCCUGCAGGAAGCGGGCAGCCAAGCGGGAGAAGCGGCCGGCCAAAAACGCAGCGGACAACUACUGCUGGGUGCCCGAGCAGCCGGAGAGCCGCGGGGCGGGCGGCGAGCGCAGGUAACGGUGCCGGGGGCACUGAGGGGGGAGGCAGAGCUGCCGGCGGCAGGGAACAUUUCUGCAAAUUCAAAAGAAAAAUGAAAAAAGAGGGGAUGGUGGGGGGGGUGAUGCUGCCUGUUCGACAUGGUUUUGCAUGUCCCAGCACCUGUCCUGGGAGUCCUUGCAAAGACGGAGCUGAUCUGCCCCCCCACAAAAUCAGGUGUCGGCGCCGGGUGGGAAGGCAGCCCCAAUCAGUCCUGUGGUUUAUAAACCAGCUGCUGCUCCUCCAAGGGAAGGGUUAACAGGGACGGUGCUGCGAGGUGGCGAGGAGUGGGGCUGAGUUUGCCUGCCAGGGCUGCUCCAGAACCUCACUGUGCUUAAAACCAGCAAAUUGUAAGCCUUGACUUGUCUUCCUGAAGGAAAACAUUUAUUUUCAUUUUUCAUUUGGGCUCCCCUACCUGUAUUAGAAAUGAUGACAUGCAAAAGCAGCUGCUUCCCUGCUCCGGUCCUGCAGCCCCCCCAGUCCUUUAGCACCCCAAAAGCAAUGCUAGCACCCUCCCUCACCUGCCGGGCAGCCAACUGCCUGCAUCCAACCCUUGGUUUUGCCUUGUUCUCAUUGAAAUGGGUUUGAAAUUGUUAUAUGUUUCACCAGGGCAAGAACUGGUCUCUGCAGUCACGAGCAGGGCUUUUUUUUUUUUUGGGGGGGGGGGUGUUGUUGUUUUUUUUUUUAAGGAAAAAGAUGUCAUGUCAGAGGUAACUGAAUAAACAUUAUUAAAACUACAGCAGCAAAGAGCUUCUCAAGGGGAGCUAUCGUCCCUGCAGUGCCGUGCAGAAGCCUGUGCGAUUGCACAGGGUUUGGGGCAGCGAGACAGUGCUGCUUCCCCCUCAAGGCAUCACAACCCGUAAGGACAAGACCUCAAUCCACCCCCAGAGCGCCCAACAUGCAUAGCAUGGGGAAAGCUGUUUAACUCAGCCUUGUAGACAAAGGGCCAAGGCAGAGAAUGUAUGGUGAAAAAGUAGGAAAAAACUAUGUUUAGAAGAACUGCCUACCUGUUCCCAGUGUAUUCAGUUUAAAAGCACUUGCAAAAUACAGAAAACAAUCCUUUCCUUCAAAUGCAUCUGGAUGAGAGACCGGACUUUUCCUGUGGCAUCAUACUUUUUUGGUAGGACUCCUUCCAGACUGCUUGGGGUCCAGGCUGAACGCAUUUUCCGUUCCUCCCCUUGUAAAGAAUACACUGGAUGUUGUAUAUUUGCUAAUUAUUAUACAUAAAACAUUUAAAUCCCCUCCAAAGCAAAUGCUUUCUCAGGGUGAAGUUGCUCUUCAGUCCUUUCCCAGGUACCUAACUUCAGAGAGCUGUUCACCCUCAGACACUCCUGACAACGAAGCCUCUUCGAUCUGUUUCAGCAUGAAUCCUCCCCAAAAAAACUGAGGGGCACAGGGGCCAUUCCUGCUUUCCAUCAAGCAGCGCUAGCUUCACUAUGUACCUAUGGUCUACAAGGCAAGAAGGUGCAAAAGAAGAACAGGCAAGUGAUUUGAAGGGUACAUAAAUUUACUGAAGUUUCUCCUGGUUUUAUUGUAUAUGUGAGGCUCAAUUGCUGCAGAAAUGGGAACUGAACACAAAGGAGUUUGCUGUAGGCAGCGACCUGCAUCCUGUUCUUCCAUGUGUGGAGGAAAACCCUUUCCUGCGCUUCUUUUCGUCUUAAUUUCUCCAUUGUAAAAUUUUUUUAAAAAAAUAAAUAAAUAAAACCAAGAAACCAAAAGAACACAGGAAAAUGUAGCUGAUAGAAAUGUUUUUCAUGUUCUGUCCAUGCUUCCUUUUCUCCACACAGUGGCUGGGAGAAGCAGUGAACACAGCAGUGGCAUUCUUGGAAGUCUUGCAGAAAAUUCUGUACUCUGUCUGUGUUAUGACAAGCCAGCAAAGCAUUUUGAAAACAUUAAUAAAUUUAGCAACCGAAUAAUCCUACCGAAAUCAGUGGGACAACCUACCUACAUUAAAUUAUGCCUGUGCUGGCGGGCUAUGCCAGCUCAGGGUCUGCAUGGGAAAAAGGUGGUCACCAUGAUGUGCCUCGCGUUGCAGGGACUACUUGCUUUGCUUUAAUCAAAAGCUGAGGCAUUUUCCAGAUGUUAACAGUCUUGGGAGUGUUUCUGCUUUAUUUUUUAGUUAAAGUAUCAAUUAGUUGUUGUAUAUAACACUCAUUCCACUAUGAAAACGGAAAAAGGAAGCAUGACUGUGGACUCAGAGCUAGUACAAAUCCGAGAGGUGUUAUUUAUUCCAGCAAUUCCUUGGUAAAACCUAUAAUCCUGGUUCCUGUAACAACCUUUGUGCAUUCUGGUAUGCGUACUGUGUUGCCAAUGAAGUAUGGUAGUGGGUCCAGCCUAGGGAAGACACUAAUCCAUGCCUAGGUUUAGUUUGGAUUCUCUCUGGUGAAAUAUUUCCUGAUGUAGCAUCCUUCACCCCAGUGCAAUUACACCUGGGUAAUCUCGUGUCUCCCUUUCUUCCUGCCACGAACCCAGCAGGAACAUUUGGAUCCAUGUCCUCGUCAGGGAGUUAUCCAGGGCCCAGUGAAUCUUGCGGGAUAAAGCAAAUAGGAACAGGACCAAAUAGUUUGGUACCCCACCUUACAGUCAGAGGAGGCGGGAUGUUCACCCUGGCCCAAGGUGGGUUUUACUGAGGUGCCCAGGGCAGCUACCUCUGCUCCCCGUUCCUUCCAUAUAAAUGAGGUGCUAUUAAAUACAAGCCCUAUAACUUUCCUGCUGCCACCGGGUUGGGAUGGGUUAACCAACACGUCUGAAAUGCUUUGUAUAUGUCAACUGGUUUAUAAUGAAGUAAGUGUUAUAUUUUUAUGGUUCAGAAUUAAGACACACCUCAUCCUUUGUGUCAAUGGCAUGCCAGGACUGCAUUUUACUUCGUCAUCUGCAGGGCAGUGGCACAGCACCACAGCCUUGUAAUUGCCUUCGACUGGAAGAAUACAGUUAUCCUGCAUGUUGUAUGUUGUUUUUCUGAUGAAACACCAAUAAAAAAAAUAAACAGAA